AUGUUAUCAGGCACAUUAUUGUGUAUUUUUCUAAUCGUUUUCAAUGUUGACGCGUGGAGAGAGAGGAUAUCAAAAGCAGGGGGUCGAACGCCAGGUCCCAAACGUAUUUUGUGCUUAAUAUCAGCAUCUGAAUAUUACUGCUUGGGAGAAGAUUAUGACACUAAUCUACCAUUUAAUGUGCUGCAAAACAGAAGAAAUAUAAUUUACGAAUAUUUGACGCCAGAUUCCAGACGCAUUUUGUGUUUAAUGUCAGCAUCUGAACAUUACUGCUUGGGGGGAGAUUAUGACACUGAUCUACCAUAUAAUGUGCCGACGCAAGUGCGGAAAUACACGUUCGGAAACUUCAAAUACAAUUCAUUUUCAUGA